GGUGGUGUGUCGGGUUGGGGGACGUUGUCCGUUGGACAUCGAUCAACCCGCGCCCAGCCUUCAAGGUCCGGCUUCACAAACGAGCGAGGAGGAUAACCGGCCGUUCGCGGCAGCGUUUCGACGAUCGUCCGAGGAUUCGGCGGGAGGAGGGGGAGCGGCCGUCGGGAAGGGAGAGCGAGAAAGGGAAGAAAGAGGCGUCGGUUGCCAUGGGAGCGGCGACAUGUUGAGAGGCUGAGUGGACCCCGGUCCCGGGCCAGAGACGAGGCUGCUUCCCCGGCUUCACAUCCGUAAACAUACACACACACGCACAGAGGCAGACAGACAGACAGGGACUAAGCGAUGGAUGACUGCAACUUGAGGAAGUUGUCGCUCUCGGCCGGGACGCUGGACCCUCCCUUCAACCCCUCCAUCCUCAACUACAAAGUGACACUGGGCAACGACGCGGUCAAUCUGACCGUCUACCCGGUGACCAGCGACAACCACGCCACGUACCAAGUCAUUGGUACAGGUGGUAGUAAAACGGUCGCUCUCCAAGAUGGCCUAAAUAAAAUUGAGAUUGAAGUUGCUGCAGAAGAUGGAACUUUGAAGCGGUAUAAAAUAGAGGCAACCAAGCUCAGUUCAAGUACUCCAUUACUAAGUGGACUGAAAAUAGCUGAAAAGUUGCUGCUUGAUCCUCCAUUUUCUAUCAAUGAAUAUAAAUAUACAUGUACAGCACCACUAAAUAUGAUCAGUGUAGUUGUUCAACCAAUUGCCCCAGACCGUAAUAUGAAAGUGUCUGUAAAUGGUUCAGAAAUCGGGAAUCAAACAUUCCUAAAUAUAGGACAUACCAAAGUCGAUGUGAAUGUUACGUCAGCAGAUGGCGCUAAUUCACAGAUGUAUCAGAUCAUUAUCUCCCGGGUACAGUUUCCGUGGUCUAUUAAUUUCACAGAUCACAAUGAUGCCCUCGAGUAUGAGUGCCCAAUAUCCCUAAGGGCUUACUACCAGCCUGUCUCUAUCAAAGGAAGUGAUCCCAAGCACAUAUUCUCAUCAUCGUGCAUUAAGUUCCUCACUCGAAAGACAAAGUGUGAUCCUUUUGAUGAUACUCCCUUUGAUGCACAGUGGUGUGUUUCAGAAUAUGAGGUGGAUAAAAGAAUGUCUGCUGCUUCUGUUUACUGUUGCUACAGAUAUAGAGGUUGUACAAGUACAGUUGAGCUGUCAGAUCUUGGAAACCAUUCAUUGGAGUGUCAGUUUAAGCCACCAGCUGAACUGGAUUCAAAGGAUGUGACUGGAACUUCAUGGUAUCAAACAGAGUUUGGCCUCACAAGCAAACCAAGACACCAAUUCAGACACACUGUAGAGCUGCGUAACUGGGAAAAGAACCUGCGUGAACGUGCAAAUGAAGGCAAUGUUGAGAAACACUGCAGCAAUGCCAGAAAUGAAAUUAAAAAUUACAGAGAAUUGGUUUCCAAAUCAGUGCCUUACUAUGAAGAUGGAAAAUCACCUCUGGAUGCCUUGCAUAAGGCAGCGGUGGACUAUGCCUUGGCUAUAAAAUUGAAACCAAAGGACCCAGCACUGCAUUUCCACCUAGGUGUGGUGUUAGAGGAACAUUACUAUGCAGCUUAUACAUACGGUGUGGUGAAAAAGAUUGAAGAACAGGGUGCAGAAAAGCUGUCUGCAGCUGAGGCCUCCGGUAGAAAUGAUGAAAUUGCAGUCAUUUGUAGACUUCACGGCUUUAAAGCAGAUUGCACACUACAGCAACAACUGAAGGCAUUGGACAUGGAAUACCACCAAUUAAAGGAACAGGGACAGUCUGCCAAGUCUGAUUACGUACAGACACUCUACAACUGGAAAGCUCAGCAAACAGGGAAGGAUGGUAAAUUGAAACCAGUGGUCUCUGAUGAACAAAAGUACAUCGAAUGGUGUCUGCUGAAAUACAUGGAUGCCUUGUCUCUUCAGCCUCAAAGCUGGGAAUACAAUUUUCAUGUUGGCCGCUUGUAUCUGUUCCAAAAAAAGAACAAGGAUGCACUGAAGCAUUUACAGAUAGCACUAGCACAGAAACCAACAGAUCCUUCCAUUAGGUUUUAUGCUGGUCUGCUUGUGCUAGAUCGGGAUGAUGGUCUGGGUCCUCAAACACGCUAUGCCAUUCAAUACCUCCAACAGGGCUUAGAGCAAUUACUAGCUAACCUUCAAACUCCAAAUGAUGACCCACCAGAUCAUGGAAUCUCAUUUCUUCGGGCAUUAGAUACAUUUUCUCUUCAGAACAUUCACUUGAUCAAAGGGAUAUACAGGCUAGGAACAUUUCUCUUCAAUCCACCAGCAGGACUACCUGAAAAAACAAUGUCUCCCGAACAGGUUCUUCACUUUGCCGUAGAUUUAGCUUCCCGAAGUCUGUGCAAAUAUCCGUAUCGUGGAACUUUAAGUAAGGAUUUGGAAUCGCUACUGCUUGAGGCUCAUUUUACCCUUUUAGAAUUACUUGCCCAUCAGACGUUGGUGAAUGAGGAUUUGGUUUCUAAAAGAUGUCAGGCGUUGUCUGGACUGUUAAAAAAUACCAAUCUUGAAACCAGUUCAGAACAUCUAGAUAUGCAACGAACGGUAUGCCAAUUAAGAGUGCAAACAACACCCUGCAACAGUAAUGCUCUGUACAUGCUUGGCUUGGCGUUGAUGUCUGAAUAUGACAAUGAGCCCAGUAAAGAUACAACAAUUCUCCUUGAAGAUGCCUGCCUUUGUUUUCGAGCCAGCAUCAGCCUGGAGAACAAACCAGUCGUUGGACCACCACCAGAAGACCUGACUAAACAGAAAUGGUGGCGGGAUUGGAAAAUGGACGAGACCCUAAAAGCUCAGCAGCAGCAGCAGCAAAAUCAGCAACAACAGCAGCAGCAGCAGCAGCAGCAACAGGCAAUGAAAGGCACAGCACCAACGGCUCCUGCUCCUCCGAAAGGUGCAGCAGCAAGAGGCAGGGCCCCUGGCGCGAGAGGAGCUGCAGCAGCUUCUCAAAAAGCUGCUAAUGCCCCCCGUGGUAGAGGGGGCAGGGGACGUGCUGGUGCCAAGAUUGUAACUCCCACAAGACAACCUGAACAACCGGCUGGAAAAGAUGCAGUCCCUGGUACCUCCACUGGCACUGGUCAAGGUGGUAAGCCAUCACCAAUUCCCCCUGCCAUAAACCCAGUUUCUUUUGCCUAUCGCUUAGCACUGGCUCGUGCUUUGUCACGCUUGGAUGAAUUAUCUGCUGAGGCCCAGAAUUACUACAAUGAAGUGAUCAAAAUGGCACCAGGGGUGCAUGAUGCUUACAUCGAAUUAGCAGAACUUCUCCUCAAGACCAAUCCCCUGCAAGCAGUGGAUGUUUAUAGCAAAUUUCCUUUGAAACCCAUUAAUUCACAAACAUUUGAUGAUGCUUUCAUUACUGGAGAGAUCGUUCGCCUGUUAAUGAAGUAUGAAAAGUACGAUGACAAGCGCCUGGCUCCAAACUUGAUUGCGUAUGGGAGAGUGAUGGGACUAGCUUCCAUUGAUAACUACAUCAACACCCUUGAUCGGAAAAUGAAGAACGAGCUUUUGAUGAAAGUCUAUGCAGGAAUCCAUGAUAAGCCCAUCGAAGAUACAGAACUUCAAGCAUUCUUCACUUUCAAACACUGGAUAUAGGAUGCCUUGUUAUUGGCAAUAAAGUGUCACAAAUGCACAGUCUGCGUAGCAAGAUUUCAGGGUUAAAAGUUAACCUGUUGAAUGGAAUCAUAUGUUGUCAAAAGGUUUUUGUCAAUUGUGUUAAAUUUUGUAUCAACCUGAAGAAGCAGCAAUUUUGUGUGUUUUCCUUCCUUUCAAUUCACUAAACAUUCUGUGAGUUCAAAAGUGUUUUAUGGUUUGCGUCAUCGUUAGCAUUUCUGAAGUAAAUGUUUCUUAAGUAACAGAAGCUGAUAAUAAGAUGAUGGGACUGUUUUUACUAAGUAACUUCCAGGAUUAGAAUUUUUUGGUUACUUACUCAACUGGAUAAUUUAAUUAAUUUCUGGGAAACUGGUAUUUGUACAGAGAAGUUCAAUACAACUAACUAUGUCUUGUACUAUGAAUGCUUCACAAGAACCUAUUUUACCACAGCACUGUCACACAACUUCAACCCAAUAACUUGGGCUAACCAUAUGUUUCACUUGCUGGCAAUCUUGUAGAACACUGCACUGAAGAAUUGUCAAGCUAUUUAGUGCCCAAAUACCUGACAUUUUUUCACCCUACUCCACUUUAAAAAUGAAUAUUGAAUGAGUAAUUUGUACUUAAAUACUAUAAGAUAAUUCUUUAUUGUGUAACCUGCCCCGAUAUGAAUUAAAUGACUGAAUUCACAUUGUUCAAGUACAUUGUGGUCAAUUGCAGCUAAAUUGAGCAGUUGCCGCAAAUAGUUUUUAUGUGUCCCCUUCCUGUCCCACACAGGUAGCCCUCUACAUCAUCAGUACUUUGGAUAAUCUAGUUUCAUUUAGUCAGCAAGAGAUAUUUCAUUACAAUCCAGUGUUAUGCUCCCAAUCUGAUUUUUCCCACCCUUUGCAAGGUCAUUUCUACAACAAAAACAUUCAACAAUAGUGGGUAAUUUAUAGGAUUGCUCAUGGCAAUAUCCUGGUAAAUUACCUUCAAAUUCUGGAGAGUUGGCAACUCAACAUAAACAGAAAGAAAAUACCUCAAAAUCCUCGUCCUCACCUUCACACUAUGACAUUAACAACUGACACUACAGACCGCUGUACCUACUUUAAAACCAAGUAUAAAAACUGAAAAUGCUCAGCACAUCUGACACUAUUUAACUCUUAAAUGUUUCAGAUGACUGAUGUUAUACCCCUAACAUGUUCCGGUUCUGAUGAAACAGAUUUUUAGGAAGCAUGAAGGA